AUGAAACUCGCCAUCCAUUUCUCCUUGUUACUGAUUGUCCUUCAAGCCCAAAAUGGUCAUGGAGAUAAAGAUCCACUUCAAGAAAAACUAGCUUCCAGCAUUCCUGACUUUGCAUUUAAAUUCUCCACACAAGUAGCUUCACUCCAGGGUGGCAAAAAUAUCUUCUUCUCUCCUCUGAGUAUCUCCAUGGCGUUUUCAAUGAUUGGCAUGGGUGCUAAAUCCAACACCCAAAAUCAAAUUUACGAAGGACUUGGAUUGACAUCAAUUGACACAAGCAAGGUCCAUAAAGGAUUUGAACAGCUCAUUCAGAUGCUGAACAGUCCUGGAGCUAAGAUUGACAUAGGAAAUGCCAUCUGGAUAAAACAGUCACACCAAAUUCUUCCUAAGUUUUCAGAGGAUGUCAAAAGUUUGUACAAAACAGAGAGCUUUAACUUUGAACAACCCUCAAAGGCUGCAAAGCAGAUAAAUGAUUACGUGGGAAAGAAAACCCAUGGGAAAAUCACUAAAGCAGUUGAACGCUUAGAUCCAAAAACCACCAUGGUUCUUGUGAACUAUAUCUACUUCAAAUAUGACUGGAAAUAUCCCUUUAACCCUAAAUUAACCCAUAAAAAAGAUUUUUUUAUUGACAAAGGAAAAACUGUGAAAGUUGACAUGAUGGAAAAAACUGAGCAUUACAGAUAUUUCCACGAUGAAGCUCUGUCAUGCUGGGGUGAAUGGGACAAAAAAUACUUCGGGAUAUGUGGUUUGCCAGCGCAUGCCCGAAGUAAGUCCGCCCACAUCUCCCCUAUUAGUUGUGUCAGGGCGAGUGGGACAAAAAAUACUUCGGGAUACGUGGUUUGCCAGCGCAUGCCCAAAGCUUUUCACGAAGCUGUUCUGAAUGUCCACGAGGCUGGCACUGAAGCUGCAGCUGCCACUGCAGUGGAAGCAGUUAGGCGGAGCAUGCCUCUUAUAGUGAGGUUCAACACGCCCUUCCUCGUUCUUAUCUUCCAUGACAUCACCAAAUCCAUCUUGUUCAUGGGAAGAGUUGCAAACCCUCAGAAGAAGUAA